GCGUGCGUGUAGUUGUAUGAUUGUGUUGUCAACUGACAGGAAAGCGAGGAAAUCUUCGAUUUAUCGAAAGUGUUUCGUGUAAAUAAUAAACAUGAAGUAAGGAUUAAUUUUGAGCUUAAUUGGUUCCCAAGUGCGAAGUGGCUAACACCGAGGCCAAUAAAUAUUAAGGAUACGCUGGCUAUUGGCAAAACACGUCACUUCAUAAUCCCCAAUAAUGGUGUUUCUGCAACAUAUGAGGGGCUUUUAAACCACAUAACAUCGUUUCUUUCGUUGUACAAUGCACGCAAACACAAAAACAAAAGAGAUGUUUAUAAUAAGGGCUUUAGAAAAAAUCUUAAAUGAUAAAGAAAUCAAAAGAUCCAAUCAUUCACAGCUGAGAAAAGCCUGUGAGACUGCACUAGAUGAAAUCAAGAAAGAGCUGGCAAAUGGGAAAGAGGAUGAAACACCAGUGUCACAUGCAUUGCCAAUUCCAAAGAGUGGUGAUGCAAAUGUGCUCACUACAGAAAAAUAUUUCCUUCCUUUUGAAUUGGCAUGUCAGAGUAGAUCAACAAGAAUUGUUGUGACUGCAUUAGAUUGCCUUCAGAAGUUGAUUGCAUAUGGCCAUCUGACUGCUAAUGUCCCUGAUUCUACAACACCAGGAAAGCUUCUUAUUGAUAGAAUUGUUGAGACAGUCUGUGCCUGCUUCUCUGGCCCCCAAACUGAUGAAGGUAUACAACUUCAGAUUAUCAAAGCAUUGUUAACUGUAGUUACUAGCCAACAUGUGGAGGUACAUGAGGGUACAGUGUUAACGGCCGUGCGAACAUGUUACAACAUAUUUUUAGCCAGCAAGAAUUUAAUCAAUCAGACCACGGCGCGUGCGACGCUCACGCAAAUGUUGAAUGUAAUUUUUAUGCGAAUGGAGAAUCAGGCGUUCGAUAAUGAAGUGCAAUUAGAAAAUCAAUUAAACAAAUCACUGAGCGGAAACAGUAACAAGGAAAAAGACGAGAAAGAUGGUGAAAUCCGCGAUGAUAAGGACGCCGAGAAGUGUGACGAAUUAAGCAGUUUUGAUAUUGCUCAGCAAAUUGUGAAUUCCGUUGUUGAAAGUGCAAUUUUGCAUGUUGAAUCAAGUGAUAAGCAAGAAAUUGAUAAGGAAACAAAUGAAGAAAAUGCUAUUCCAAUACAUAGAGUACCUUCUCAGGAAAGUGUAGAUACCCACAGUGAAACGGAUUCGGCAAUGACCGCAAAGUUUAGUCAUAUUCUUCAAAAGGACGCUUUUUUGGUAUUUCGAGCUUUGUGCAAAUUAUCAAUGAAGCCAUUGCCUGAUGGAACUCCAGAUCCAAAGUCUCACGAGCUACGUUCGAAGAUUUUGUCACUGCAACUACUUCUUUCGAUUUUGCAAAAUGCCGGUCCUGUUUUUCGCUCAAACGAAAUGUUUAUCACGGCAAUUAAGCAAUAUUUAUGCGUGGCACUUUCUAAAAACGGUGUUAGUUCCAUACCAGAAGUAUUUGAACUAUCACUGUCCAUUUUUCUUGCAUUAUUAUCAAAUUUUAAGAUGCAUUUGAAGAUGCAAAUUGAAGUGUUCUUUAAAGAAAUUUUUCUUAACAUUCUGGAAACGUCGAGCUCGUCGUUCGAACAUAAAUGGAUGGUGAUUCAAGCUUUAACGCGUAUCUGCAGCGAUGCUCAAAGCAUAGUUGAUAUUUACGUGAAUUAUGAUUGCGAUUUGUCUUGCGCCAAUUUAUUCGAACGCUUGGUCAACGAUUUAAGCAAAAUUGCACAGGGUCGGCAUGCGUUGGAACUCGGCGCAUCACCUAAUCAGGAAAAAUCUAUGAGAAUUCGUGGUUUAGAGUGUUUGGUUUCCAUUUUGAAGUGCAUGGUUGAAUGGAGCAAAGAUCUUUACGUGAAUCCGAAUAUGCAGUCUACUGUAGGCGAACAAAUUAUUGUUCCAAAAGAUAAUGAUAAUGGCAGUUUAAAAUCGCAUGGUGGCUCCAGUACUAGUUUACAUUCCAGUGGCGGAUCAAGUGGGGGUAAUAAGGAAGUUUUGGACUCACCAGAACAACUUGAGGUGCUCAAGCAUCAAAAAGAGGUGUGGGAAACAGGGAUUGAUCUAUUUAAUCGCAAACCAAAACGUGGUAUACAAUUUUUACAAGAACAAAAUUUACUUGGCGCAUCACAUAUUGAUGUCGCAAAGUUUUUCCAAUCUGAUGAUCGACUGGAUAAGACAUUCAUCGGUGAUUUUCUAGGCGAAAAUGAUGAUUUUUGCAAAGAGGUCAUGUACGCAUACGUUGAUUGCAUGAACUUUGCGAAUAUGGAUAUCGUUGCAGCAUUACGUUACUUUUUAGAAGGGUUUAGAUUGCCGGGUGAGGCACAAAAAAUUGAUAGAUUAAUGGAAAAAUUUGCAAGUCGUUAUUGCGAAUGCAAUCCGAGCAACGGUUUAUUUGCUAGUGCAGAUGUAGCGUACGUGCUCGGUUUUUCAAUCAUAAUGCUAACCACAGAUUUGCAUUCGCCCCAAGUGAAAAACAAAAUGACAAAAGAGCAGUACAUCAAACUCAAUCGUGGAAAUACGGACAGCAAAGACGUGCCCGAGGAAUAUCUUUCGCAAAUUUACGACGAAAUUGCAGGGCAUGAGAUUAAAAUGAAGAACACGGUCAGCAAACCCGGAAAGCAACCUAUCAACAGCGAGAAGCGACGCAAAAUCCUGUUCAACAUGGAAAUGGAAAUGAUUUCUUCCGCAGCAAAGAAUCUAAUGGAGUCCGUCUCGCAUGCUCAAGCGCCUUUUACGACUGCAAAACAUUUGGAGCACGUCCGACCGAUGUUCAAAAUGGCAUGGACGCCUUUUUUGGCCGCAUUCAGCGUCGGCCUGCAGGAUUGCGAUGACCCGGAAGUUGCGACGCUAUGUUUGGACGGCAUCCGAUGCGCUAUUCGAAUUGCAUGCAUCUUUCACAUGACUCUAGAACGUGACGCGUAUGUGCAAGCUCUGGCGAGGUUUACGUUAUUAACUGCAAACUCGCCCAUCAUGGAUAUGAAAGCUAAAAAUAUCGAUACCAUCAAAACGCUAAUCAUGGUUGCCCACACCGAUGGAAAUUAUCUUGGAAGUAGUUGGCUGGAUAUAUUAAAAUGCAUCUCGCAAUUAGAACUUGCGCAACUAAUAGGAACUGGAGUUCGACCUCAAUUCUUAGCGGGACCGGGUCAUAAACCGCCAGAUCCUACAACAAAGGAACACAUUGGGCAAACCAGCUCGCAAAGCGUAGUGGUUGCGGUUGAUAGAAUUUUUACAGGGUCUACGAGAUUGGAUGGCGAAGCCAUUGUGGAUUUUGUGAAAGCACUUUGUCAGGUGUCCUUAGAUGAGUUGGCUUAUACAAGUCAUCCAAGAAUGUUUUCUCUGCAAAAAAUCGUCGAAAUUUCAUACUACAAUAUGGGCAGAAUUAGGUUGCAGUGGUCAAAGAUUUGGCAAGUGCUGGGCGAGCACUUUAAUACAGUCGGCUGCAACAAUAAUGAAGACAUUUGCUUCUUUGCUGUAGACAGUUUACGGCAACUUUCGAUGAAGUUUAUUGAGAAAGGAGAAUUUGCGAAUUUUAACUUCCAGAAAGAUUUUCUACGGCCAUUCGAAAUCAUUAUGAAAAAGAACCGAUCGCCUACUAUUCGCGACAUGGUAGUGCGAUGCAUUGCGCAAAUGGUAAAUUCUCAGGCUAACAAUAUUCGUUCGGGUUGGAAAAAUAUCUUCUCAGUAUUUCAUUUGGGCGCGUCCGAUCAAGAAGAAGCGAUUGUCGAUCUUGCGUUCCAGACGACAGGCAAAAUCAUAACGGAAAUUUAUGAGAGGCAGUUUCCGGUUAUGAUUGACUCGUUCCAGGAUGCCGUUAAAUGUUUAUCAGAGUUCGCUUGUAAUGCACGAUUUCCCGAUACUAGUAUGGAAGCAAUUCGAUUGGUGCGCACUUGUGCACUAAAUGUGUACGCAUCUCCUCACUUGUUUGCGGAUCAUGGCGGGAUGGAAAACGACAUGGCUGUUGUUGAAGCAGACAGGGUUUGGGUACGCGGAUGGUUUCCACUGCUCUUCUCGUUGUCGUGUGUGGUAAACCGCUGCAAACUAGACGUGAGAACUCGUGCGCUGACCGUACUUUUUGAAAUCGUCAAGACUUAUGGCGAUUCAUUCCAGUCACAUUGGUGGCGCGAUUUAUUCAAAGUGCUGUUUAGAAUAUUUGAUAAUAUGAAGUUGCCGGAACAGCAUACGGAGAAAGCUGAAUGGAUGACGACAACUUGCAAUCAUGCUUUGUACGCAAUUGUCGAUGUAUUCACUCAAUACUUUGAUAUGCUCGGACCCUUGCUUCUGGAGGAGUUGUAUCUUCAAUUACAUUGGUGCGUACAACAGGAUAAUGAACAGUUAGCAAAGUCGGGGACGAAUUGUUUAGAGAAUCUGGUAAAUUCCAACGGCCAGAAAUUUUCCGAAGACACCUGGGAGAAGACUUGUCAGUGCAUGUUUGACAUUUUCCACUCGACAAUUCCGAAUGCCUUAUUAACGUGGAAACCUGAGUCGAUGCAAACUACGGCUAUAAUUGAAAAUGGCGAUAUCGCAUCGCGAGGAAUCCUCAAACGAUCAUCAAUGUCGGUAGAUAAUCGCAAUCCGGAAAAUGCGCUUUUUAACAGUUUGAUGAUCAAAACCGCUGUGCAAUUGGAGCUAAUCCAAACUAUUGAUAAUAUUGUUUUCUAUCCGGCUACUUCUCGGAAGGAAGAUGCGGAGACAUUGGCUUUAGCCGCCGCUGACAUGACUGGAAAUGGAGGAUUAACGGAAUGUCAGCGCGAAGAACAAGGGAUGUACAGAGUUUUAAGUUCACCUCACCUGUUGAAACUUGCAGACUGCCUACUACAAUCACACAGGUUUGCAAAAUCUUUCAACACAGAUCACGAGCAGAGGAAUCUUCUAUGGAAAGCUGGUUAUAAAGGCUCAACAAAACCAAACCUGCUGAAGCAGGAAACGCAAAGCUUAGCUUGCCUGUUGCGAAUCUUAUUUAAGAUGUACUGUGACGAGGGAAGACGUGAUCAUUGGCAUGUCACGCAAAUUAAGUUGGUAGCAGUAUGUCAGGAAGCUUUGGAAUACUUCCUAAAACUCCAGAGCGAAACACAUAGGGACGCAUGGACAUCAUUGCUGCUGCUAAUUUUAACUAGGCUACUGAAAAUGCCGGAUGAUAGAUUUGCCAUCCACGUAUCUAGUUACUACACGCUACUAUGCGAAAUAGUGUGUUUCGACCUCAAAGCUGAGCUGCGAUCGAUUCUUCGACGGGUAUUUUUAAGGAUCGGCCCAGUCUUUAAGAUUACUGCUGGCGCAACGCCCGUUGCAACUUAGUCAUCCCGUCCAAACCACUAAAAGUGUCAAAAAAGUAUGAAUGAAUCCGAGGGAAAAAACUAAUUAUGGUUAACGUUUUACAUAAAACCCAUACUAACAACAUUUUAUUAAAUUAUUUAAAUAGAAUUUAAAAUCGUUAAAUAGUUCUGAUGUAACAUAUAAGUGAGAAUUCUAAGUGACGUGGUAGACUACUCUUAUUGCUACAAAUAAUUAGAAUGUAUUAAUUACGAAUAGUGAAAUCAAGCGAUUUUAAUUUGUUGAUUUAACAUGGUCAACAUAUCGGUAUAGUUGAUAUUGUUACUAACAAUUACUAAUCAUUUCUAGUAAAUCAAAACAUUGUGCAUAAGUCGUCUAUUUCAUGAAAUGGUUUUGGAGCAGUUGUUGUGGGUUUAUUCGUGAAUAGUGUCGGGUCAUAAUUGACAGAAAGUUUGUAAUUGUAUGGAAUAAACGAGCGCUAAUGUUAAACAUUUCAUUUGAAGCACAUUAUUAUAUUGCAUUUUAGUUAGCGCGUGCCUUUUAUAAGUACACAAGAGGACAAUGAAGUACUAAGUUCCUCUGAACUUUAUUUUCACCAUACGUAUAGAAAAAUCUAAGUACAUAUAUAAAUGUAAUCAAACAGAUUGAUUUAAUCGGGUGUACAAAGGUUGAAGAAUUUAUUUGUGAAGCUUUAGUCGGCACAGCCUAGUUUUAAUCAUAUACCAAUUUGUUGUGUUAUGCCAUACACACUACUUAUAAAGACUUUAUUAUUAUGCGAAAUUAUUCUGUAGCUACAGAAAUUAAAUAUAUUUAUCUUGAAUAA